AUGGUGGAAAACCCCAGCCUGGCGGCCAAACCCGCCCUGGGAGCGGCAUCGGGGUUCCCGGUGGGAGCGGGAGGGGCGUCCCGGGAGGACGGGGCACCCGGUGAGACCUUCCGGAGGGAUCGGGACGGGGUCCCCGGCGGGGACGGGGCGGUGGGGGGCUCGGUAGGAGAGGGUUCCCCGUCGGGGCGGAUGUCUCCGUUGGGACCGGGGAGGAAAGGGAUCCUCGGUAGGACGCGGUUCCCAGUGGAACUGGGGCUGGAGUCCCGCCACGACAUGGGUCCCCAGCGGGAUGGAGGAAGGAGGCUCCUCGGGUCGGACCCGUGUCCGCCGGCCGCCCCGCCGCGGGGGCCGGGGGCGGCGGGGGGGCUGCGCUUGGCGGCGGUGAUGGAGAGCCUGCAGCGGCAGCAGGCGGCCCGCCUGGCCCGCGGCCCCGGGCCGCCGCCCGCCGCUCCCCGCCGCCGCCCGGCCUCCGGCCCGCGCCCGCCGCUCGCCGCUGCGGGGGAGGAGGAGGACGACGAGGAGGAGGAAGAGGAAGAGGAGGAAGAAGGGGAGCCCCGCGACCCACCGCCGCCACCGCACCACGAGUGGACCUACGAGGAGCAGUUCAAGCAGCUCUAUGAACUGGAUGAGGACCCGAAACGCAAGGAGUUCCUGGAUGACCUCUUUGGCUUCAUGCAGAAGAGAGGAACACCAGUGAACCGCAUCCCCAUCAUGGCCAAGCAAGUGCUGGACCUGUACACACUGUACCAGCUGGUGACAGACAAGGGUGGCCUGGUCGAAGUCAUCAACAAGAAGAUCUGGCGGGAGAUCACCAAGGGCCUCAAUCUACCUACCUCCAUCACCAGUGCUGCCUUCACCCUCCGCACACAAUACAUGAAGUACCUGUAUCCCUACGAAUGUGAGAAGCGGGCGCUCAGCUCUCCCGGAGAGCUCCAAGCUGCUAUCGACAGCAACCGUCGGGAGGGGCGGAGGCAGACUUUUGGCACAGCACUCUUCAACUACUCGCCAGCCAGCACCCCAACCCUGCUGGGCACCCCCAAAAUGCCCCUGCCAGCUCUUAGCAUCUCCACUCACAGCUGUGGCCAGCUCAGCCAAGUGCACAGUGUUAAGAAAGAGGACGGAAUGCUGGCAGCAUCAGUGCCGGGGCGCAUUGCUAUCCCGGUGGGACUGGCCAGCCACCAUCUCACAGCAGCCCAAGCAGCAGCUGCCUCACAGGCAGCGGUGCUGGAGCAGCUGCGGGAGAAGCUGGAGACAGGGGAACCCCCAGAGAAGAAGGUGGCCCUGACAGCGGAGGAGCAGCAGCGGCUGGUGCAGCAUGCACUUCAGCACAACCUCCUGGCCAUGGCCUCCCAGUUCCCCAUGAACAUCAAGAUCUCCAACCGAGAUGACAGACAGGAGACCGCAUUGAACCUGUCCACCAACAGCAUUAGCAGUAUCAACAUGUCAAUAGAAAUAAAUGGAGUUGUCUACACAGGUGUCCUGUUCGCCCGCCGGCCCUCAGCCACCCUGGCACCUGGUGGAGGGAGCACCCAGACCCGUCCAAACCCCAUGCCUGCCCCAAACCCCCUGCUCCCAGCCUCCUCUCAAAGCCACACUCCCACUAGCACCUCGCCGUAA